UUAUGAUAAUUACAAAUAAUGUCAAUACAAAUAAAUCAAUAUAAUGUUCGGUGCAUCGAUGACGUUUCGAUUAAUCAAACAAAGACAAAAAGUCGAAAUCAAUCUUUUCAUCGUGUUGCUUAAAUUUGAAAAAUAAUAAAAUAGCUUCAUUUGAUUUUGAAUAUAUAAAUGACGUUACUGUUUCAAAGAUAUAUGGUCCACUUGCGCUUUUACCAGAAGUGACAUUUGCGAGUUUUAUUUCCUAAUCAGCUUUACUUUUACUCGACUCCUAGCAAAUGUUUAUUUGUUUGAUAUGAUGUGAACUGGUCUAACAAACCUGGCCUUCUCUGCCUCUAAAUGGGAGCACUGUAAGAGUCAUUUAAGCCACUCCGGAGUAAAUCUCACGUCUUCUCUUUCCGAUACGUUGCACCGAUGUACAGGCGGGCGUUAACGCUGUGUGGCUGCGGGGCCAUCCAAUCACCAAUCAGUGCGAUAAUUCGAUGGCCAAUAGAAACCGAGAGUGGCGACCGGGGGCGGAGCUGACAGUGUGUUGGAAUCCAGCCUCUUUGGGAAUGUUUUCUACUUUCAAUCACUUUUUUUUCACCAGGUCCUUCUGACAAGGCGUUCUUUAAGCUGCGCUGUUGCCAUACAGAGCAGCCAUUCAUCGAGUCUGCAGUCGGCCACACAUGUUCAACCACUGGACAUCUAAACUGGUUCGUCGGUUUUUGCUGGAAAAGGACUUCCAUCUGUCCGUGGAGAAGGUCCGGUCACGUCUUCGCUCCAGUAUGAUUCUACCAGAGAAGAGUCAACAUUAGUCGAUCAUACCAGACGUCAAACAUAUUUUCAUAUUUUCGAGACGACAACAUUUUCCUGUUUUUUUGGACAACUUCUAGUAUUGCUUUCGGUGCUGUUUUUUUUUUUUAUUCUGUGGUCGAAAUAAAGAAAAAUGUCAAGCGAGGAGCACAGCAUGUCCGAGGAGGAGUUGAGUCCCGGGGGGUCAGACGACGGUCACUCACUGUCACCGACUCAACCCGGAGCGUCCCAGGGCCACGGCUCUCCUCUUAGCGGUCCGCCGCCGCAGCUGACCGCUCUGUGCGUCGCAGAGAACAGCGGCGACGAUGGCGGCAGGAUUACGGCCAAGUCAGAGGAGGAGGACGAUCGCUUCCCUAUCGGAAUCAGAGAGGCGGUGAGUCAGGUGCUGGAUGGAUAUGACUGGACACUCGUGCCGAUGCCGGUGCGCGUCAACAACGGAAACAAAGCGAAGCCACACGUCAAGAGGCCCAUGAACGCCUUCAUGGUGUGGGCUCAAGCGGCGAGGAGGAAACUGGCCGACCAGUACCCCCAUCUGCACAACGCCGAGCUCAGCAAGACCCUGGGCAAACUGUGGAGACUACUGAACGAGAGCGACAAGAGGCCAUUCAUCGAGGAGGCGGAGAGGCUCAGGAAACAGCACAAGAAAGACUACCCAGAGUACAAGUACCAACCCCGGAGACGCAAAAACGGCAAACUUAUUCCUCCUAGUGAGACCGACGGCCAGGGGGAAGGGGAGGCCAGCCACUCCCAGUCUCACUAUAAGACCCUGCAUUUGGAGCAUAAUGGUGGUGCUGGCUCUCCUUUGGGAGACCUCCAUCACCACCAUCAUCACCACCAUCAUCCUGCUGGCCAGGGCCACAGCCCACCAACGCCCCCUACCACCCCGAAAACAGAGCUCCAGUCUGGAAAAAUUUUAGAUGCCAAACGGGAUGGGACAGCAGGGUCGGUUGGAGGAUCAGGAGGGUCCAGAGGACCACUCGGUGUGGGGGCUGAAGGUGCAUCUGGAGGUCCGUCCUCCUCAGGAGCUAAGCCUCACAUCGACUUUGGCACCAUGGACAUUGGCGAGAUCAGCCACGAGGUGAUGUCCAACAUCGAGCCUUUCGAUGUCAAUGAGUUUGACCAGUAUCUCCCUCCAAAUGGCCACCCACAAAGUGCAGCCGGAGCCUCCGCGGCCGGCUCCUCUGCCUCCACCUAUGCCUAUGCUUUGGCUGCUGCCAGUGGGCACUCAGCCUGGCUCUCCAAACAGCAGCAGCCCCCUCAGGCCUCCCCAUCAUCCUCUGACCCCUCCAAGGCACAGAUCAAGAGCGAGUCAGCUUCCACGAGCCACUAUGUGGAGGCUUCCUCUUCUCCUUCCUCAGGCACCCAUGUCACUUACACCCCGCUCAGUCUCCCUCACUAUGGCUCCGCCUUCCCCUCACUGGCAUCCAGAGCUCAGUUUGAGUAUGGAGAUCACCAGGCCCCAGGAGCAUACUAUGCCCACUCCAGCCAGGCCCCGGGGCUGUACUCAGCCUUCUCCUACAUGGGCCCGACACAGAGGCCUCUGUACACUACCAUAGGUGACCCCUCCAGUGUGGCCCCCUCUCACAGCCCCACACACUGGGAGCAGCCUGUUUACACCACACUCACAAGACCCUAAGGGGAGGGCAGGACUGAGCAGAGGGAAAUAUGGGAAGUGUGUGAGUGACUGUAUGUGCGUGCGAAAGUUGAGUGUGGUCACACUUGUGUCCAUGCCAUAUUGAUGUUAUAGUAGAUUUCUUUCUUCUUUUUUACCGAAAAUAAUGCAAGAUUUAUGAGGGGCCAUUCACGGUGGAAUUGAUGAUAAAAAUAAAACUGCGACAAACAACAACGUACACAACGAAUCACAGGUCAACCGCCAAUGUACAAAACAAAGUGUCCUUAACAAAUGUGUGCCAUCAUAAACGUGUAAGUCGGGAUUCGCAGUAGAAAAGUAAGAGAGACAAUAAGAAUGGACAGAUGCUGACCCACCCUCCCAGACCUGGAUGGGUGUUAGAACGACUUUGUCAGAUUUUAUUAACCUAACUAAGAUGUUUGUGAUGUAAUUGUGUUAUUUUAUAUGAGUAGAAAGUUUAUUGUCCUUGUUGAUAUUCUAUAGGGUGUAAUUCUGUGACUGAUUUGACAUUAGACUUAUACACUUAUGUACCACUGCUUUGGGAAUAACUUUCAUCUAGUAAGAAGUUAGCCCUUUCUUUACUUUGUGGCCAGACAACGAUUGUUGCAACACAUUCAUACUUGUAGAUAAUAUAGGUUAUGUUUCUGUCCUUUUGUUGCAUGGACUUUCAUUGACCUGAACAAUAAAACAAUUAAGGGGAAAAAAAGGAAAAUGGAGGGAAAGACAGCUCUUAAAUAUGUAUUUCAGCUUAUUGCUCAGUCCUGGACACUUACCUCAGUUUGUUUCAUUUUGUGCCAGUAGAAAAGGAGGAGGACAACAGUUGAUACCUGAUUUAUGAGUCCCAAAAACUUUGUUUUUGUAUGUUCUUUUUUCUCAUUUACAUUCUGAUCUAAUUAAUACAUUAAAAUAUGUGAAAGCAGUGCCUUAUUUUAAUGUCCACGGAUAAUUGGCAAGCUCUGGGACCUGCCCAAGGAUGGCUCACAGGUAAGAAGGUUUUCAGUGGUGUAUAGGCCGAAAAUAUCUUUUUCUUCACAAGUUGCCUCUUUCUUCUUAUUCUUGUUUCUCGUCUUCUUCUUCUUGUUCACACACUUUUCUUCAUAUUCUCUUUUUCUUCUUGUUAUCCCUUUGUUCUUCCUCUUAUAUUUCUUCCUCUUCUUUUAAUUUCUUCUUCUUCAUUUUCCUCCUUUAUCAAUGUGUAUAAUGGUCACUACAACAAGUUUCACCUUUUUUGAGUGAUGCAUAUUUCAUCAUUUUAUACUGACCCUUCUGUUGUGUAGUCAUAAUUUUAUGUAAUAAUGCAUUGCGUGUCACACCUUUGCUUUUUUUCCAUUUUGUAUAAUUAUGGAGUGUUUUGUAAAGUGUUUGCUAUACAUGUACUUAAGUAUUUUGCUUCACCAUAAGAAAAGCAACAAUGAAAUAUUAUUGUUGCCAUUUAUUAAAUCAGUUUAUUUAUAA